AUGGCUGCUCCACUACGUACAUCCACGAAAGAAGAACAACGUUCUGUAAUUCGUUUUUUGACCAGUGAAAGUGUGAAACCGAUUGAAGUUCAUCGACGGAUGAAGGUUCAGCAUGGUGAUGCAUGCUUGUCACAGCAGCAAGUGUACGAGUGGAGUAGGGAAUUCAGAAAUGGAAUGACGUCUGUGGCAGAAGCUCCUCGCCCGGGUCAGGCGCACCGAGUUGUGACCCCUGAGUCUGUUGCAGCAGUUGAAGCCCUAAUGAUGGAGAAUGGCCGAGUGUUGGUGGAUGAAAUAGCCGAAAGUCACAGAUCAGCACACCAUGUCAUUCAUAAUGUGCUCCGGUUUCACAAGGUGUCUGCAAUGUGGGUGCCGAAGUAG